GUGGCGCGGCGUGACGUCACGGAUGUUCCGGGUGGAAGGUCAGGCCGAGCUGUUUCCGGUUUCCAUUUCUGUUCCAGUCGGGGCUCGAGAGGGAAAAUGUCACACACCAUCCUGCUGGUGCAGCCCACAAAACGGCCAGAGGGCAGGACCUAUGCAGACUACGAGUCCGUCAACGAAUGUAUGGAAGGUGUCUGCAAAAUGUUUGAAGAACAUUUGAAGAGGAUGAACCCCAACAGCCCGUCCAUCACAUACGACAUCAGCCAGCUCUUCGACUUCAUCGAUGACCUUGCUGACCUGAGCUGCCUUGUUUAUCGAGCAGACACACAGACGUACCAGCCUUACAACAAAGACUGGCUAAAGGAGAAGAUCUACAUCCUCCUUCGCCGGCAGGCCCAGCAGGCGGGGAAGUAGUCGCUGUCCUGACCCUGCCCAUCAGCGCUCAAGGAGCGUGGUUGCACCAACCUUUGUUUUUUGUAGUUCACAGAUGUUCCUCUUCAGGUCUGGGUGCACCUGAGUGUGCUGGUUCUAGAUCUGCAGUAUUUUUGUAGAAAUAAUUUUUGAUUUUUUCUCCCUGCCCACCCCCCUCCCCCUCCCCAAACCAUUCAUUAGAAGCUUUUAUUUUUAGAAAAUCAUGCAUUGCCGUUUUGAAACAGAACCUGUAUUGAAUGCAAUGAAGAGCCUGCCUUGUUCCUGUGGCAUCCUGGAUGCAAGUAAUGACAUCUGAAACAUUUGAUGUUUUUGUCUUUAUGGGGAGGACCUUGACACAAUUUUACUCGUCUGUUCAGACCUGCGAUUUUCUUGCAUGCAGGAAAAUUAGUUGUUAGUGGUUUUGCAAACACUCUUUUCUGUAAUGUUCUGUUUGUAGAGCAGCAAGAUGCUAAGUGUGGCUUGUUUUGAAAGAAAUGCUCUGUGGGUUAAAUGCGCUUCCUAGAACACUGAGACUUCUUCAGGGGCGCACCGUGUGUCUGCCAGGCCACGGUCUGGUUAGCCAGCAGUUUUUGGUUUUGCUUUCUCUGGUUGCGUUUUUGAUUUUUGCAGAUUAAAGAUGUUUUAAUAUUAAAACUUUUCAUUUAACUGG